UAUGCGAAACACUUUAGUUAGUUUGCAAACGCGGUGAUGUGCAGUUCUAUUUCUCUACAUGCGAAUUAGUGUACAUCGGAAUUAGGUUUGAGUGAUAAAAAACUACAAAAAAAAAAAUUAAAUAAGAAAUUACAAAACGUUCCUCUUCUUCCUAAAAUGUUAUCUCGUUGCUUAAUACAAUAUAAUGAAGCGUUUGGACAUUCCUUGGGCGCAACGUUCAUGAGGAGAUACGCAACAGCAUUACCACAACAGCAGUUCAGUGAAAGAGUAUCUGCACCAGUCCACUUGGAAAAUGCGCGCCCAUUUAAGGAGUUACCCGGACCAAGUAGAUAUGAAAUUGUUCGUGGAUUUAUGUUGGGAGGUGAAUUUUACAAAAAAACAUUUACGGAAUCAGUAAUACAACUCUCAGAAAAGUAUGGCACGCUGUUUCAUUUUCCCGCUUUGUUUGGCAAACCCGAAAUGGUACUUGCACUCAACCCAGCCGACUACCCUACAAUAUUUCGGAAUGAGGGUGUAUGGCCCGAUCGACGCCCACUCGACUCUUUUGCAUAUCAUCGGGAAGUGCAUCGGCCAGAUAUUUUUCAAGGCAUACACGGACUUAUGACAACAACUGGCGAAGAUUGGGCGAAAAUACGGACUGCGACUAAUCCAGUUUUAAUGCAACCUAGGAAUGCGCGACUAUAUCUGAACACAAUACUUGAGAUCAAUGACGAAUUUCUGGAAAGAAUCCGCCACAUACGCGAUCCGGUAACAAACGAGAUGCCCGAUGACUUUCACGAUGAUCUUAAUCGUCUAACGCUUGAAGGCAUAGUCGGUGUUGCACUAAACACCCGUUUGGGUAUGAUACACAAGAAUCGAGACUCUCCAGAAUGUAAACAACUGUUGCAAUCGAUACGGGACUUUUUUGACCUCUCCGAAGAUUUAGAAGUGAAACCUUCAAUUUGGAAAAUUGUGAAAACACCGAAGUUCUACAAAUUAAUGAAAACUUUGGAUUUGCUCGCAGAUUUGUGCAACAAGUAUAUUGAUGAGGCGCUAAAACAAAUUGAAAUGGAUAGUGAUGGAAAAUUCACCUCCGAGGUGGGUAAGGAAAAUAGUGUUUUGGAAAAGCUUUUGCGCAUCGAUCGUCGCAUCGCCGUGGUUAUGGCUCUAGAUAUGAUGAUGGCUGGUGUUGAUACAACAAGUUCCACCUUAACGGGCAUAUUAUUUUGCCUCGCCAAAAAUCCGGAUAAACAGCAAAAAUUGUUCGAGGAACUCAAGAGUAUUUUGCCAAAUAAGGACUCCCGUUUGACUAUAGAGAAUAUGCAAAAUCUUCCUUAUCUGCGCGCCUGCAUUAAGGAAGGUAUACGCUAUCAUCCUAUAAUUUUAGGUACAUUGCGUAGCUUGCCCACCGAUGUCGUAUUGAGCGGUUAUCGUAUUCCUGCCGGUAUUGAUAUCAUGAUCAGCUCGAACUUGUUGUUGCGCAAUGAAAAAUUCGUGAAGGAACCAAACAAAUUCAUACCGGAACGUUGGCUACGCAAUGACACCAAAGGCAGGAAAUAUCACAUCGACAACCCGUUCGUGUAUUUACCGUUCGGCUUUGGUCCACGUAGCUGUGUGGGUAAACGUAUUGUAGACCUGGAACUAGAGAUCACUUUGGCGCGUUUGAUACGUAAUUUUGUGACUGAAUUUAAUUAUUCAACGGAAAAUGCUUUCAUACCGAAACUUAUAAGCCAGCCGUGUAUUCCAUUGAAGUUUAAAUUCGAGGAGAGAAAUGAGUAAAGGUUAAUAUCUAGCAUAUUGAAAUGUGACACAAAUAUAUUUAGUUAUUGUUAUAAGUUAUGUACUAAUAUAAAAAUUAAACACAAAUAUAGGAAGUUGUAUGAA